CUUAAACAAACAACAUUUGUUUCUUCCAAUUGGGUGACGUGUAAACACAAGGUUUGACCACCAGGUGGGUGGAUCUAUGCUCACAGUCAGAUUUGCGGGGCUUAAAGUCUAUCUGCUAUUUUCUCAGAUGCCACUGUUUUUACCGGUUAUGCACAAGUUGUCCCAGGUGAGACGGAAUCUGCCACACCAAUAACGGACACAUUUUAGAGACCUACAAAGUACACAAUAGGACAUGGUUGUGGCAGCAUUAGUCUGAUGUUUGUCAGGAAUGAGACCCUUUUUCAAUGAUUUAAUUCAUGUUUUGCUUUUUAAUUGUUUUUUUUUUACUUCUGGUUUUGUAGCCUGGUUACAUUUAGGCACAAAUAUGACUUCAUAGGACACUUUCUGUGUAAAUGAGGGCCAUCAUUGACUUUGAUAAAACAGGAUUAGCUGACCCCUUGAAAAUAAAAAUGUGCUAGAUGACCGUAUCAAAGAUAUCUGCUCUCACUGACAUCAUACAGAGCCACAGUAAGAGUAGAAAAAAAAUAAUUAAAAUGCACACACUUAAACUCCUGAACAAAGAACAGUUGUGGCCGCAUUAUUGUUACUCUGUUGUCAGCUGUCACAUUUCCAAUUGUUGGUCCUCUUUUGCUGCUCCCAGGCCUGUUAGGAAAAUCCAAAAUAUGUGCCUUUAACAGCAGCUGCAGGUCCCAUACAUGUUGUUUGGAAUCUGACUUCAGCACAGCGUCACUGUCAGCCCUAAAAAUAACUAAGACGACAGCAGGCAGUCCCCCUCCAGUGACUUAGCAAAAGCUUUUUGCCAUGCUACACGCUCCAUAUUGAUCUAAAAAGCCGCUGCAAUCCCCAUUUUUACUAGGAGGAUGAAACUUUUUUUCUGUUCCAGCUUAUGUGGUAAUUGCUAAUGUCAGUUGUUUAUUGCACCAGCUGAAAGAAGAUCUGAGCUCCAUUUUGAAGUUGAUAAUGGUGCGUAAUGUGGAUGACCUGGACUUCUGCCUGUCCUCCCAUCCUCAGAGCAUGCUUGAGGGCUUGCGUUCACUCUGUUCUCACCCCAAACUUGUGGAUGUGACUCUGAGCGCGGGAGGGCGAGAUUUCCCCUGUCACCGUGGCGUACUGGCGCUCUGUAGCAUGUACUUUCGCUGCAUGUUCUCAGGGGACUUUGUAGAGAGCAUUGCAGCACGUGUGGAGCUUCAUGAUGUGGAUCCUGAGAUCCUUAGCUGCUUGCUUGACUUUGCCUACACAGGCAAACUGACUAUCAACCAGAAAAAUGUGGAGGGGUUGAUCUGUACCUCCAGCAAGCUCCAGUUCCAGACAGUGCGAGCCGUGUGCAGCCGAUACCUCCAGCAUCAGAUUGAUGAGACAAACUGCCUGGGAAUCCUGGAGUUUGGGGACAUUCAUGGCUGUCCUGAGGUGGUUGCCAAAGCAUGGGCCUUCCUCCUGGAGAACUUUGAGGCUGUACAACAGGGUGAGGAGUUUCUGUUGCUGGGAAAAGAUAGGCUGAUAUCAUGCCUGUCUGAUGAAAGACUACAAAUCCGGUCAGAGUGCGCUCGUGUGGAGGCCAUCCUGAAAUGGGUUAGGCACCACAGGGAGUCUCGACUGUGCCAUCUCCCUGAGCUCCUUACCUUGUCCCGUCUCUCUCUGCUCAGCCUGGACUACCUGGCUGACACCCUGCUGAAGGACAGUCUGCUGCAGGCCUCUCCCAGCUGUACAGAGGCUGUGGAAAAGAUUUACAGAGAGAAAAUGGAUUUAGCACCUGAACAUGUGGACAGACUCAACUCCCAGAGCCCACAACCAAACCUAGAAGAAGUUCUCCUUGUCAUGGGAGGUCAUUCAAUGGAUGACUCGGAUGAUGAGGAUGACUCUGAUGAAGACGAGGACAGAGACCCAAGACUGGAAAGACUGCAGCCCAGAAACUGUGCCUUCUACAACACAAAGACCAAACGGUGGCAUGAGCUCCCUAAUUUCCCAAAUCCCAACAAGUGGGGUUACUCUAUGGUCUCUUUGAACAAUGAUGUGUAUGUGUCAGGGGGCUCGCGAGGUUCAAAUACCAAUACCUGGUCGACCACAGAGACCUGGAAGUACAUCACAAGAGAGGGGAGAUGGGUUACUGUGGCACCUAUGCUCCGACCUCGGACUAACCACACAUCAGCAACGCUCAACGGGGAGAUUUAUGUCAUCGGAGGCACAACGUCAGACCGAGUUGAGGUUGAGCACUACGACCCUUAUAACAACACCUGGGCUAUGACUUGCCCUGCCUUAAAGUAUGUGACAAACUUCACCGCCACAGCUUGUCAGGGGAAGCUCUAUGUAAUCGGGUCAUGUGCAGUGAAAUACAAUGCACUGACCAUGCAGUGCUACAACCCUGUCAUAGAUAGCUGGAUCAGCAUAUGUUCACCCUUUAUCCCAAAGUAUUUGUCCUCUCCUCGUUCUGUCUGUGUGGAUGGAAUUAUAUACCUGGUUGCUGACAACACUAAAAAAGUCUAUGCUUAUGAUCCAGAGGCAAAUAUAUGGCAGAAGGUCCAGCUUCUACACAUGCUCCACGAGAAUGGCGGCCUUGUAUCACUUGAUGGGAAGCUCUUUGUUACCGGAGGCCAUUGGAAAGGUAUGGAGGGGGACUAUGGGGUGGAAGUGGAGGUUUACAACCGAGCGUCCAACAUCUGGGAAGUGGAGUCCUCCCUGCCAAGACUUUGGUUCUACAGUGGAGUCUGCACCAUCUUCUUAGACCCAAACCAGUGGCCUGAACUUGAGUCAACAUAAAGUCCUCCUCAAGGCCAAAGAGUUAAUAGAGAUGUGUUCCUCUCAUACAAAUGCCUACGCUGCAAAAGGAAUGCUUAUCCCUGGAUGUCAUUGUGCCUGAGAAUAGCACGUUACAUGACCCUCAGGUAUUCUUGGAUGUUUUUUAGGACUGUGCUCUACUGCUCAGCAGGUGUUUAUUUAUACUUUGUAUCAUGUGUUUGAGACCUGAAUUUCUUUGUGUUACUGUAUGGUGCUCAUGAAUCAUUAAAUGUUUGCAGAACUA